AUGACAGCGGGAACUCAAGCCCAAACAACCACCAGAACCAUCUACGAACACGAUGCGCAUGCGCUAAUCCUUCCAUGUCUCGCAUCGCAUCUUCCACACUCCAUCUCACUUUUUCGACGCAUCCAGCAUGGUGUCCAUCAUCCAACCCGGUCCGCCAGGGUCUUGGCCACUUUCCCACCAGGCGCUCGUCCCCCUGACGACGCGCCGUGGCUGGCUGCGCGAGUGGACCUUUUCCGCGGUCGCGAGACCCAGAUGAUCGUCUACUCUAGUCUGGAGAAAGGUCAGACGUCAAACAAGCCGAUCAAGAUCGCCGACACAAUCCCUGGCACUGAAGGGGCCGAGAACAAUAAUCCAUCAACCUCCUAUAUUGUUUCCACCUUCAAUGCGCCCGAUCCUGUGCUCGACAUAGUCCGUGACCAACUAGUCUCACUACUCGCCUACAUCAAAAUCAAUCUACUCCCGAUCUAUCUAGCUUCACUUUCAGCUGAACCUCCAACCGAGAAGACAUCUCACAAUGGAUCUACCACUAGCACCAACACCAGCACCACUAAAGCUGUCACCCUAAUUCCGGCCCCACCACCAAAAGCCUUCCUGAUCGGCUCUCUGCACACAGCCUUAUUCUCCCUCCUGCAAGAAACAGGCUCGGAAGUUUUCGCUGCUUCGAAAUCCGCCCUUGACGGGUCGUCCGCGACCCCAGUACCCGGUCUCCGGAUCCAUCGCUUCGACGACCCACCAUACUACAAAUUCUUCUUCCGACGGGCGGCGUUUACUCAGGACACUAGCUCAGGGUUACCGACAGGCUACCGGUUCCAUGAUCGGGAGGGCAAGAUCGGUGUCCUCGAGUCACAGCUUGAUCUAGUUCAGAGCCGGACGCAUAUUCCCCGCUCCAGAGCGCAGUUGAGUUUGAUGCCUGGGUCGGCGAUUUAUGUGGACUUGCCGCAGGGUGAAGGUGUGGCCGAAGAACAAGGGGAAGAAAUGCCUAUUGCGUGGGCGUUUUUGGGCCUCGAUGGGGCCUUGUCGACGUUGCAUGUUGAAGAGGAGCAUCGGGGGAAGGGUCUUGCGCUCGCGUUGUCUAAGGAGACUAUGCGCCGGGGCUUAGUUUCUGAAGGUGUUUUUGGGGCCGGUGCGGUUGAUGUGCAGGGGGAUGAGGAGCUGGUGGGUGAGAUUGAGGGAUGGGUGCAUACGGAGGUUGCGCAGUAUAAUGUUGCUAGUCGGAGGGUUAUGGAGAAGAUUGGGGGUGAGGUUUUGUCUACUGUUAUGUGGACGGUUGUUGAGGUUUGUGAUUGA